ACUACUCAUUAUUUUACACAUGGUGCUUUUAUGAAUUACUUUUAUUGGAAAUUUUAUGUAUGAAGCUCCUUUUCUCACUUUCUUCCACACAGAGCACACUUUGUGUGAGUAAUUUCUACAUACGCAACUGAAAAUGACAUACAUAAGGGACAAAAUAUCAAAGGCGAAUACUUCGUACUUAAUGGAUGUUGCCAGAAGAAAGCGAUUAGAAGAGACUACAAGUUCUAAUUAUUCUAGAAGUUUUUCAGAAGAAAAUGAUGAGGCCGAUGCCAUUGCCAAGUGGAAGGAAAAGAGAUUAGCCAAACUUAAGGAUAUAUUAAACAAGAGGAGAGAGUAUAUGGACAAGGGAAACGGUUCCUUAGAGGUAUUGACAGAUGAGAAGGACGUUAUAAAUAUCGCCAAUUCCAACCCAAGAGUGGUUUGUCACUUUUAUCAGGAGGGAUUUCAGCGCUGUAAAAUAAUCGACAAUAUUUUGACAGCCCUUGCUAGACAGUUUCUGGACACCAAAUUUGUAAAGAUCUUGGCGUCAAAGGCUCCAUUUUUCACCGAAAAACUCCAUAUAAAAAUCCUGCCUACACUAGUCUCUAUGAUAGAUGGCAAGAUUUCUCAUGUAUAUAUAGGAUUCCAAGAGUUUAACGGUGAUGAUAUAAACUUGAAUGCUGUCAGAAAUAUGUUAUUCAAACACAAAGUUCUCACUUAUGAGUGCUGUACUAUCGAUGAAAGUUGUAAUGAUAAUGAACAUGUUUCUUCUGACCCCGACGUUUAGCGUACCAUCAGACCUUUUAGCGUGAAUAUUAUUAAAUUUGUCAAAAUACU